GCCCCACUCCCCCUCGACUCGCCGCCGUCACCGGCGCCCCAGCCAUCAGGUCGGCGAAAGAUCAUGGCACGCCGUUUGAAGCCAGGAGAUGCGCGAUACAGAGAUCGACCAGAAGAUGAGGAGACACUUUUGGGGACUGAUUUGGAUGCUGCGGACAAUGUCGAUCGAAGAGCGGAGAUGGAAGACGCAAGAGAGGCUGAUGAUGGUCAGACGCAGCAGGCUCCCCCACCACCUCCUACGAAAGGCAAGGAGAAGGCUCGUACAAUACCAUUCCGGCCGCCUGAGAAGCUGGCUAGUCGGUUUCCGGCCAAUGUGGUUCGCAAUCAAAAGUACAACCUAUUCACCUUCCUACCCCUCGUCCUGUAUGAGCAAUUCAAGUUCUUUUUCAAUCUAUAUUUCCUGCUCGUCGCCCUGAGCCAAUUCAUACCUGCCCUCAAGAUUGGGUAUCUUGCAACCUACACUGCUCCUCUGUCCUUCGUGCUCUUAGUUACGAUGGGCAAAGAAGCAUACGAUGACUACCAACGCUAUCUUCGGGACCGGGAAUCCAAUUCGGCAAAAUAUCUUGUUCUGGAUCACUCUUCUGAUCCUCUCCCCUCCUCACCUUCCUCGCAGUUCCCCUCCCAUCCAUCUACGCGAGCAACACCUUCCUCAAAACUUAAAGUGGGCGACCUUGUCGUGUUGGAGAAGAAUCAGCGCGUUCCAGCAGACAUGGUUCUUCUCCGAACAUCAGAUCAGGCAACCGGUAGCUGUUUCAUUCGUACGGACCAGUUGGAUGGCGAGACGGAUUGGAAGAUGCGAAUAGCUGUCGGCGCAACGCAGGCUUUGGCAACUGAUUCUAAACUGCUUGAUCUUGAGGGCGAAAUCUUUGCCGAUGCCCCCAUCAAGGAUAUCCACACAUUUUUUGGUACUGUCAACCUGCAUGCUGGUAGGGCGGACGCCUUGACAACCCCCCUUAAUGCCGAGAAUGUGCUCUGGGCCAAUACUGUACUUGCUGCUGGUUCUGCGAUUGGCUUCAUCAUCUACACAGGAGCAGAAACUAGGGCAGUCAUGAAUACUAGUCACCCCGAAACCAAAGUUGGUUUGUUGGAUCUGGAAAUCAACAGCCUAUCAAAGAUCUUGUGUGCUGUCUCCCUCUCCGUAUCAUUUGCAGAAGUAGCCAUGAACGGCUUUCGUGGCGCGUGGUAUAUCUACGUCUUCCGAUUUCUGGUUCUAUUUUCCUCGAUUAUCCCUAUAAGUCUCCGUGUGAAUUUGGAUAUGGGAAAGACUGUGUAUGCAUAUCAGAUACAAAGCGACCCCGAAAUUCCUGGGACCAUCGUGAGGACGAGUACUAUUCCGGAAGAACUUGGUCGCCUAGAAUAUCUCCUUAGCGACAAGACGGGGACGUUGACUCAGAACGAAAUGGAAAUGAAGAAGCUGCAUAUGGGUACAAUGUCUUAUGGUGCUGACUCCAUGGAUGAAGUUGCUCACCAGCUUUCACUCUCUUUCGGUGCCACGACAGAACAGGCUCUGAAGCGUGCAGGAAAUACGUUUACCGGUGCUGCCGUUGCCUCCAGAGGCCGACGUGACAUGUCAACCCGCGUCCGUGAUGUCAUUCUCUCGCUGGCGCUGUGCCACAAUGUCACGCCCGUCAGCAAUGAUGAUGGAACCGUAACAUAUCAAGCUGCGUCACCGGAUGAAGUUGCCAUUGUGAAGUUUACGGGAUCGGUUGGCCUGACGCUUAACCAUCGAGACCGGACCCGCAUGGACUUGCUCACCCCGGACGGUACCACUCUUACGUUCAAUAUUCUGGAGAUCUUCCCUUUUACGUCUGAGUCGAAGCGUAUGGGCAUAGUUGUGCGCGAAGCCGUUUCCGGAGAAAUCAGUUUCCUGCAAAAGGGAGCUGACACCGUCAUGGCAAAAAUUGUGCAGCGCAAUGACUGGCUCGAUGAGGAAUGUGGAAAUAUGGCUCGUGAAGGUCUGCGAACGCUCGUAGUCGCAAGAAAGAAGCUGUCGGAAGAAACGUAUGAAACAUUCCGACGACGAUAUGAUGAAGCCAGCAUCAAGAUUGAAGGACGCAGUGAAGGCAUGUCUCAAGUCAUUGCCGAGUUCUUGGAGAAGGAUAUGGAAUUACUUGGCCUUACUGGUGUGGAGGAUAAGCUACAGGAUGAGGUCAAAUCGACCAUUGAGCUGCUACGGAACGCUGGAAUCAAGAUCUGGAUGCUUACGGGGGAUAAAAUCGAGACCGCCACUUGUAUUGCUAUCUCCACCAAGUUGGUUGCACGCAAUCAGUACAUACAUCAAGUCGCAAAGCUGAAAACCCACGACGAAGCACGCGAUCAACUGCGAUUCUUGCAGUCAAAACCAGACUGCUGCUUAGUCAUCGAUGGAGAGUCACUUCAGCUUAUGCUAACUAUGUUCAAACAAGAGUUCAUCGAAAUCGCUACUAAACUCUCUGCUGUCGCUGCUUGCCGUUGCUCUCCCACGCAGAAGGCUGACGUUGCUCGGUUAAUUCGACAGCAUACGAAGAAACGAGUGUGCUGCAUUGGCGAUGGUGGAAAUGAUGUCAGCAUGAUCCAAGCAGCCGAUGUCGGAAUUGGCAUAGUCGGCAAGGAAGGAAAGCAAGCGUCUCUCGCUGCCGACUUUUCUAUCAACCAGUUCAGCUAUCUUACAAAGCUCCUCGUCUGGCAUGGAAGAAACUCUUACAAACGAUCUGCCAAGUUAUCACAAUUUGUCAUCCACCGGGGCCUUAUUAUCGCUAUUGUCCAGGCGGUCUUCUCGGCUAUCUUCUACUUCGCCCCCAUAGCAAUCUAUCAAGGCUGGCUGCUGGUCGGUUACGCAACCGUUUAUACAAUGGCUCCUGUUUUCUCUCUCGUCCUGGACCGUGAUGUGAAUGAAGAUGUUGCUUUGUUGUAUCCUGAGCUGUAUCGUGAGCUUACGAAGGGGCGAUCAUUGUCUUUCAAAACAUUCUUUUCAUGGCUGAUGAUCAGCAUAUAUCAAGGUAGUGCGAUCAUGAUCAUGUCACUUGUGUUAUUCGAGAACGAAUUCUUGAAUAUCGUGUCAAUCUCAUUCACCUCUUUAAUCUUGAACGAGCUUCUUAUGGUUGCAGUAUCAAUUACAAGAUGGCAUUCGCUCAUGAUCGCUUCCGAAGUCGUCACCUUCCUUAUUUAUGCGGGAAGCAUCGUGUUUCUUCCAACAUAUUUCGACCUUUGGUUUGUUCUUUCGCCGAGAUUUUUCUGGAAGGUAGCUGUGAUUGUGGCUGUCAGUUCACUGCCCUUGUAUAUUGUCAAAAUUGUCCGCAGUCGCAUUGCUCCCUCAGCGUACACCAAGUUAUCAUAGGAUCCCGGAUACCCCUGUAAU